GAGCAGCCGGCGGCUUCUCCCUUUCCCCUGCGCGCCCUGCCCGGCUCCAGCGGCGCUCCCGGGCGGGCGGCCGGGGGUCUCUGGAGGGAUCAUUUCCCAGGUCGGAUGCUUUCCCAAUGAGCUCCGUCUACCGACUAUCAGGCGAGCCCCCCCCGGCCAGUCUCCUCUCUGCCCUUCCUGUGGCUUCGCUUCUGAAUCCCCAAGUCUGGCAGCUUCCUCCAUUGCAGCUGUUGGACCCUGGCCGGGAGAGCUUUGGGAAGAUGGAGAACCGGAGGCGAGAGCUCUUGGAUGCCCUGUGGGAAGAAGAGGAAGAGGACGAGGAUGGCGUGGCUGCCAGAGCCUCCUCCAGCCUCCACCUGAGCAAAGCAGAGGACAUGCAGGUAGAGAUGCUGGAAAAGGCCAGGGAGCUCUUUCAGUUGUGUGACAAGGAGGAGAAGGGCUUCAUCACCAAGCUGGACAUGCAGCGGCUGCAGAGUGAACUGCCCCUGACCCCAGAACAGCUGGAGGCUGUCUUUGACAGCCUGGAGCAGGACAAUAAUGGGUACCUGACGCCUGUCGAGUUCAGCAUGGGACUAGGGAAGUUCAUCGGGAUUGAGCUGUACCAAGGGUCUGGGAGUACAGAUCACUCCAGACUCGAGGAGACCUUUGAGUCAGGCUGGUCAGACGACUUGGACCAGACAGACGACGAAGAGGAGAAGCGAUUUUGUUCAAUGAUGGAGCAGCUCAGCGCAGCCCAGGUCUUUGAAGAUCACAAUGAGGUUCGGGAGCUUUGGACUCGUCUCCGGAAAGAACAGCCAGAUCUCUUGGCCAGCUUUGAGGAGUUCCUGUUCCAUGUUUCAUCGUACAUCAGGGAGGUGCAUUAUGAGAAGGAAUCCAUGGAGCAGGCACUGAAGAGGAAGGAGACAGACCACGACAGAGAAGUCAGGUGUCUUUAUGAAGAAAUGGAGCAACAGAUCAAAGCGGAAAAGGAACAACUGCUCUGCCAGGAAUCACAGAGGCACGACAGGAGCAACGUGCUGCAGAAGGAGCUGCGCAGCAAGGAGCAGGAGCUUGAGAAAAUCCUCUACCGACAGAAGAAGCUGGAGCAUCAAAUACAGUCUCUGAACUCUGAGCAGCUGGAGACCCGGGUGCAGAACGAGCGGCUCCACCUUCUGAAUGAAAACCUCCUGGAGCAGCUGGAGAGAAGCAAGUGGGAGCUGGAGGUGGCCAAGGGGCAUCUGGAGCGUCUCCAGAAGGAGGCUCAGUGUGAACAGGAACAGAAAGACAGGGAUGUGUUUAGAGUCUCUAAGAACAUGCAGAAAGAGAAACAAAGCCUUCUUCGACAGCUGGAGCUCCUCAGAGAGAUGAACAAGAAGCUUCGGGAUGACAGAGAUGCCUUUGAAGCCAAGAAGCUGGCACCUCAGAGCAAAAGGCCCCUGUUGAAGAAAGGGUCAGUGAUAGGCAAAUGCCUGUUGGAGAACAAGCUGGUCAAACGACAGCUGGUUCCUGGGGAUCUUCCUCUCACUUUCCUGGAGGAUGUGACUGUGGAAGAGCCCAACAAGAAGAGCUGUAAAUACUUCCUGGCCACCACAACCACACUGAAGAAGGAGAAAGCAAACAGCAUGAGCUUUGGAGAGCACUGCCCUGCAAGCUGUGAGCGAAAGCUGCAGCAAAUGUCAGGGGCUGGCGGGCACCCAAGGACAGCUCCAAAGGGUGAUGUCAACUGGAGGCAAACACCAGAUGAAUUGGACGAUGAUUCCCCAUUGUCCUCCAGAGAGCAGCCCGUUGGCACUGAAACCAUGGCACCUGAACCAGUCAGCUCUUCCCCAGAACAUGUCUUCAAAGUGGUGUUUGUGGGCAACUCUGGCGUUGGCAAGAGCUCCUUCAUCCAUCGCUUUUGUUAUGACAGGUUCAUGGCUGAGAUCAGUGCAACCAUUGGUAUUGAUUACCAGGUGAAGAGUUUAAUGGUGGAUAACACACGAGUGGCCUUGCAGCUGUGGGACACAGCGGGCCAGGAGAGGUUUCGGAGCAUCACCAAACAGUAUUUCUGGAAGGUGGAUGGUAUCUUUGUGAUGUAUGACAUCACUGCUGAGCACUUCUUCGUGGCCGUGCGGAACUGGAUGAGUAGCAUCCAGGAAGGGAUUGAGGAUGGGGCCAUGAUCUUGCUGCUCGGAAACAAAACAGAUGCAGCAGAAGGAAAGACCCAGCACGUGCCCAAGAUGGAGGGGGAAAGGCUGGCGAAGGAAUACAAGGCUGUCUUCUAUGAGUGCAGCGCUAUGACUGGCUAUAACAUCCUGGAGCCCAUGCGGCAUAUGGCAAGGCUGCUGACAGCUCAAGAGGACAAGCAGAAAGAAAGUGCCCUGCACCUGGAAGAUUACCACAAGAGGAAGGGAUGCUGCAUGUGAUGGAGCAAAGAGCAGCUCUCCGGAGCAUGUGGGGGCUGCACAUGGCUGGCUAAGCAGGUUGCCUCCCAGCUAGCUGAGAACUGAUGUUGUUAUCAGCUCCACAGGGACUCAAGGAAGGUGCAAGCUUGUCCCAAGAGGGAACAUCCAGACGUUAAAACAAAACAAAACUUAUGUGCAACAAAAUAAUUCUAAUCUCCCUCCGCCCCUAUGCUCUCCUACAGCUCCAGCAUCCCCCUCACCCCACCCCCCAACUCCAGGGACAUACUGCUUGAGCCGUUACAUGGGCCGCACAGAAAUUGCUUCUCCUCUUUGCUUGUUCCUUUUGUGUCUCACCCCCAAUGGGAAACAAACACAGGAGAACAGAGGGCGCCCCUAACACUCCGUUUUAAAUCCACUAAAGCAAUGUCCAAUUCUGUAAUAAAGAGACGAUUAUUUUAAACUUGGAAAUAGCACUGGGAGUGUUGGUGGGUCUUAAAGGUGAUGUUUGCUUGGCCUUUGGGAGCGGACUGACUAAUCAGAGUUACUCAGCUAUGUGACCUGCGUGGCUCUUUGUCUCCUUCUAGUGGCUGCUCCACUGAGUCUCCUAGCAAUGAGCCUUAAAGGAGGUAGUCCUUUAGUUCAGUGGUUUUCAAACUUUUUUUCUGGCAACCCAGUUGAAGAAAAUUGUU